CAAACACAAAGCAAGGCAAUGCCAUUUCCACCCAUUUAAAGUGAAAGAAACUAAGAGUACUAAUACACAAACACACAAGAAAAACACACAAAAAGAUUGUGCACAGAGAGAGAGAGAGAGAGAGAGAGAGAGAGAGAGAGAGAGAGAGAUGUACAGGUUCAGCAACACAGUGAUAGGGUUCUUGAACCUCUUCAGUCUCUUAGCAUCAAUACCAAUAAUCGCCGGAGGUCUAUGGAUGGCAAGGAGCAGUACCACAUGUGAAACUUUCCUCCAAACCCCACUUUUGGUGGUGGGUUUUGUGGUGCUCAUAGUAUCCCUAGCUGGGUUUAUUGGUGCCUGCUUCCAUGUGGCCUGGGCACUCUGGGUGUACUUGGUGGUGAUGCUGCUGAUUAUUGCAACCCUAAUGGGUUUGACUGUGUUUGGGUUUGUGGUUACAAGCCAAGGUGCUGGAGUGGAGGUGCCUGGUAGGGUCUAUAAGGAGUACCACCUUGAGGAUUACUCACCAUGGUUAAGGAAUAGGGUUAACGAUCCUAAUUAUUGGAGUAAGAUUAGGAGUUGCAUCUUGGGGUCUAAAACUUGUGCUGAGCUUAUUGCUUGGACACCUCUUGAUUAUCUUGAAAGAGACAUGUCUCCAAUACAGUCUGGUUGUUGCAAGCCCCCAACUUUAUGCAAUUACAACAUGGCAACUACAGUGAGUCAAGACCAAGAUUGCUACCGGUGGAAUAAUGCGCCUAAUAUGUUAUGUUACGAGUGCGAUUCGUGCAAAGCUGGAGUUCUUGAAGAUAUCAAGAGGGACUGGCACAAGCUCUCUGUGUUGAACAUUGUCAUGCUUGUGGUCCUCAUUGGAGUAUAUUCAAUCGGUUGCUGUGCUUUCCGAAACACACAACGAGCUGAAACGGAUCACCCGUAUGGUCAGAACCGGAUGAGCAAAGUUCGUCCCCGUUGGGAUUACCACUGGUGGAGAUGGUGGCACCACAGAAGAGAACAGCUUUAUUAGUUGAAAGAAACUCUAUCCUUUACUGGUUAUUCUAAAUCUUGUUCUUAGGUGUGCUCUAAAGAUGGGACAAUUCAGUUGUUUAUUGGAGAGGUCUCAAAUUUUCCUUCGUUUUGGCACAGACUUUUUUAAUUUCGCUGCUUUCUGUAAAAAGAUGGUUUUACUUUUAUUUGAUGCCAUUGCCAAUGUAUGUCAUUUCGUUUC